UCUCCGUGGCAUUGAUACACGAAGAACAGCAAGGACGGAAAACCGAGCAGACACCAUUUCUGUUCACCAGCAGCACAAGCACCAGCCAGCUAGGCAGCUAGCCGUCGUCGUCGUCGUCGUCGUCGUCAGCGUCGUCGUCGCCGCCGCCGCCGCCGCUGCUGUCGCUGUUCAUUUCUCAAGCUGGUCUAGUCAGGCCGUUAUUCCAUUACUCUCGCUGUCUCUCUCUUUCCUUCCUUCUCGCGUCAGUAGCGUAUACAGUGGCGGAGGCAGAAACCACGGGAUUUUACGCGACCACCCAGUGUACUCUGGCUCGACGCUCAGCAACCGACUUCCGGAGCUGACCGGCUCUACGCGUUCCACCAGGCUCGUCAGCAUGAUAUGAUAGCAGAGCUCGAGAUAGUCGCCUCAGAAAGAUGAAGAAUCGGUACGGCCUCGCGUGCUUCUUACUGCCUCUGGCUCUUGGACUGACCCUACAAGAGGACGAUCUGGUGUUCGAUGACGUCGGCGAAGAGAGUACCAGCACCGCAGCGACGGUGAUCAACAGUCGGCAGUUCGACGAGCCGAGGACCAGCUGGCACGAGCAGAAUUGGCCCCGCGAUGUCAAGAGGUACCAGGUCGAGAGGCUCUGGGGCGUUCCCGAUGUCGUCGUACCCGUCGGCCACGUACUCAAGCUGAGGAUCCCUCGGCAGGCGUUUGCCGGUCCUGUGGAUUAUUAUGAGGUGUUCGAUGCGAACGGAAGCCAACUGCCACGAUGGAUGUAUUGGGACGACGCCGCGUCGACGCUGAUGGGCGUGCCGUCGAAAAAGGACACGGGCAGCCAUCAUCUGAGCGUGAAGGCUAUCGGGAAGCACGGCGACACCGCGAAGGACCUCUUCAUCGUGCAAAUCGUUCCCGAGAAGCACGAGGAACUGAAGCACAGAGACGGAAAGACGCACUGCAACGAAGGAGAGGAUCAGACGCUACUCUCGAUCCUGCUCGAUGCAAGGUUCGACAGCCUCUCGCCGUUCACGCGAGUCAAUACCAUCGAUAAUCUGGCUGGAUUCCUUGGACUUCAUCUGAGCGCGUUUUCGAUGCACCCGCAAAACACGAAAGAGAACUCGAACGUGGACCCCACGGUCAUUCUCAGUGGGCCUGGGAACGUGAAACACCGUAAAGAGAAACACCUCACCUCGAUACAAUGGCAGGUUGGCUGUGACGGACAUUUAUGGUAUCAUCAAUCGGAUUUGGUGAAACGACUGCGCGAGCAAGCGAGAGACGGCACGCUGGCCGAGGUGAUGCAACUUCCGGUGCUGUUGUGGCGCGUGAAAACGGAGUCGAGUUCCUUAUUGAGGAACAGAAGGGAGGCCGGCUCCGGGGACUACAGUAAUCCAGAGGACUAUGGCGGUUACGACGAUAAUUACGACGACGGUGAAUACGAAGAGGAAGACGCCGAGGACGGCGAUGAUUCGCAAGUGCUGCCAACCUUCGUACCGGAACCGAAUCUUCCGAGAGGAAACAGUCCGGAGCAUCCCCACAGGCAUCAUCACGGGGAGGAGUCUGUUGCUCGAAAUGUCGAAGGAACCGACGACAUCAUACCAGACAUGAACCAAGCGAAUACUCUGGAUGCCGCGCCGAACAAAACCAUUGCUGAGACUAGCACGACAACAACCACCACUGAACUUACAUCACCACCAUCAUCAUCAACAACCCCUACAACAAGUACCACAACAUCGACAAUAACAUCAACAACACCAUCGACAACAACAACAACAACAACAGCAACAACAUCAUCAUCAUCAUCAUCAACCACCACUACGACGACUACCUCGACAACUCCAAGCACAACUACCCAACAAGUACCGUCGACAACGGGCACUAGCACCACAACUAGCACAAGUACGACCACAACCACAGCCGAUACAACGACAGCUAGCCUGGUGGUGAUAUCGACGACAAUGCCGGCACCGACCGAACCACCGAGACAGGAAACUGUCGACGUUGACGAUUCCGUCGCCGGGGAGAACGCCGAGCGCAAGAACGAAUCUGCGAACGCAUCCUCGAUCAACGUUGAUACGGAAACCACGAUCCCACCCUCGAUAAUCCCCCAUUCUAGCACCAGCGGGACAACAGUCGAUAGAACGAGAACCGAGCUGAUCGAUGGAGAUGGUACUGUUAAUGUCGUCACCGACGAGCCAACGGAACAGCCGUCAGUGUCCACGACGAGACAGACAGUUACCUUAGUGCCCGUAAGCAACACCACGCUCAACACCACUACCGUCGCCGUCACUACUCUGUUACCAACAAUUGCCACCAACACUUUCACCACACCCAUAAUAACGACUACAGAAAUACGAACACUGCCGACUACCACGAUCACCAAAGCCCCGACCACACCCACCACCACUAGUACCACCACUACCACUACCACUACAACCACCACUAGCACCACCGCCACACCAGUAACGACCAGAGUCACCACUGAGCCAACCAGAGUUAACACGGAAACCGUAGAGUACGGGGUCCACAACUUCCCACCUAGACAGGAUAGGAGGCUGAAGAAGAUUGCGGUGACGGCUGGCAAGCCGUUGAGAUACGUUAUACCGGUGAACACGUUCAGCGAUUUCGAGGAUGGCGAUACAACGAACUUGAGCCUAAGCCUCUAUCUGCAGGGUGCGCCUCUGAAAACCACCCACUGGCUGCAGUUCAAUCAGCGUACGCAGGAGGUCUAUGGAUUACCAUUAGAAAAUGAUAUCUCCAUCUGGACCUACGAAUUGGUCGCCGCAGACAGCGAGGGACUGAACGCGACUGACCAACUUGACAUUCACGUGCAACAGCACAAAUUAAGUCGCAGCGUCAAUCACGAGUUCAGUAUUUAUCUGAGAAUCGACAAGCGCUCGCGGUUCCCAACUGACGUGGACUGGGAGCUGAAAGUAAUGCGAAGCAUAGCUGAAUUGUACGGAGACAGCGAUGCCAGGCACAUCACUGUCCGGUUGGUCGACAUCGUUCGCGAGCAAGUGAUCUUCACUUGGACCAACGAUAGUUUACCUAGAAGCAGCGAGUGUCCCAAAGAGUACAUUAAUGAUUUGUUACGUAUUCUAGUCGAUUCGAACGGUGAUCCCAGCCCGGCACUGACAAAUGUCCUGCUCCCCGAGAUCACAGUGAAACGGGUGGUGUAUCAAGGUAUCGGACAAUGCGAGGAUAUGAACCGUCCAGAGCCUCCUAAGGUUUCCACCCAGGAGCCUAUGCCAAACUUCCCGCCGAUGCCGAGAAACCAAGUGGACCUUAUCAAUGCUACGGUUGGCAGGCUGUUGGUGUUCAAAGUGCCAGAAGACACCUUCUAUGACCGCGAAGACGGUUCCGCCCGCAACUUGCGAAUGUCUCUUUUAACCAUCGACCGCACUCCAAUUCCAGCCCACGAGUGGUUGCAGUUCGACAGCAAAAACCAAGAGUUCUAUGGUGUCCCUAUGCGCAACGACAUUGGCCGUAAAGAAUACCAACUAGUGGUCACCGACAAAGAAGACUCUAGCGCUACGGAUGGCCUAGUGGUAGUCGUACAUCCAGCCCCGGUGAUGCAUCACACUGUAGAGUUCUCGAUGACCUUGGAUAUACCUUACGAUUCGUUCGCGCAUUCUGCCCUUCAGAAGCGCAACUUCAUCGAGAAGCUUCGAGAUCUGUACCAGGACAGGGAUACCAGUGCUAUCUCUUUGCAUAGCAUAUCCAAUGGCAGCACAGUGAUCACUUGGCACAACAGAACCUUGCCGACGUCGUACUGCGCUCACGAAGAAGUGAGUCGGUUGCGAUCGGUACUGGUCAAGAACGACAACGACCGCAGGUCCGUCACCGACGAGGUGCUCGAAGUGAUGGGCUCGAAAUUCCCCGUGAAACAAAUCACUGUGAUUCCGAUGGGGAUCUGUCUCGGCGAAUUGACCAACGUGCACUCGCCGGACAAUUACGUGCCACCGAUAGACGACUCUACCUCGGUUGGGACAUUCCACGAUGAUUAUCUGAUCACGUUUGUCCUGCCAGCCAUAAUCAUCGCGGCGAUGCUCAUCCUCGCGGGCAUCAUCGCCUGCGUGCUCUACAGACGAAGGAGAAGCGGGAAGAUGAGCGUCAGCGAACAGGACGACGAGAGGCAGAGCUUCCGGAGCAAAGGAAUACCUGUCAUCUUCCAGGACGAGCUCGACGAGAAGCCUGAUCCAGGUAAAUAUAGCAAUAAGUCGCCGGUGAUCCUCAAAGAGGAAAAGCCACCCCUGCCACCGCCAGAGUAUCAGAAAACCGAGGAUGGAGCGGAUGUGCCUAUGUUACCAAAGGAGAACUCCGAGGAGCCCUACCAACCACCACCGCCGUUCGCCACGAAUCGCGACACCAAUCGUCAGAAUCGGCCGAAGCCAACCCCCACGUACAGGAAACCGCCCCCGUACGUGCCCCCCUAACAAAAUACGGUUCACUCCCCCACGCGCAAGUACAUGCUGGCGAUGCUCGGAGACUCCCCAAUACACACCCAAAACCAAAACAAUUAUCAGAAGAAACCUCAGGCUGCUGCCGCCGAUGACGUAGACGGCUGUGGAUCUCUGAACGUAUACAGCAAUUUGUAAAGCUUUUUCGUUCGUCCGUUCAACAGAAUCGGUAAACCCUCGGAUAUAGAGGAUAUUCGUUCAUCGCAAACAAUUCGUCGAUAUAAAUUAGGAAUACGCGCGCAUACGUUUUAUUUACGUUUUAUUUACCUUUUACUUACGUUUUAUUUACGUUUUAUCGUGUACAAUGUAUUUACUUCAACACACACAUAUACACACGCACACGCACACAUACGAACGCAUACAGACACGCUCACGUAUACUUUAAACAUAGCAAGACACACUCGACUGUCGUUCGUUCGCGGUAAUUGUAUUUCGCGGAGACUCGAACUAUGAGGUCCGCGAUACAUUUUUUUUUCUCUUUUCUUUCUCUCUCUCCUCUUUUCCUCUCUUUUUCCCUUUUUCCUCUGUUUUCUCUCCUUUUUUUUCUUUUUUUUAUACACGCACAUCUACAUACAUACAUACAUAUAUAUAUACUAUUUUUUCGUUUUGGAAACCGAUGUACUUUUACUGACCGUCGAUAUUUCACGGGGGAAACUUUUUGCUAGGGAGUUAUGGGAUACAAAUCACGCGUUGCCUUUUCGUAACGAAUUCAAACUCAUAGAAGAGAGAAACACAAUGGACACACUUCGCUCCGACUCCGAGACUUAAGGCGGAUUUAGAUUUUAGGUUUUACCGGGUAUAAUAGUGAACCACAUCGACACGAUGAGGUAAUGUUUCGCUUCGUAAUAGAGACAGCAACGAUACUCGUUAAAUAUUUCAGUAAUCAGUGCCAUUUUUGUAAGCAAUAAGGCGGAGAGGGGCCGAAACGGUCUCCAAUCAUCAAAGGACUUAACGACUUAACGACUUAACGAAACUUAAUUUUAUCGUACAACGUAUCUACAACGUGUAACACUGCCAGAUUAAAGAAGGAAAACAAGGAAAAACAAAUCGAAAAGAACGAAAGAGAAUCGAUUGUUCGUCGGGUGAAAAAGAUGGUUAUUCGCCAAUCGCGUUACCCAUUUUUCUAUCUCGUUGUAUCGCGAGGGAAAAUCGAAGUUCAAACAAUGAAAUUCGAUUGAAAAGCUGAGGCAUCCGACAAUCGGUUUUUUUUCCGUUUUAAAGAAUUUAAUAUUAGUAGGAACCUUGAGAAUUCAAGAGAAAAGAAAACGCAAAGAAAAGCGAGACAAAAAAAAAGGAGAGAAAUUUUAUUCGACUGUAUCUGUUCGCGCAAUACCAUUUGCAGUGUGACAGCAAACAGAAAAUGCUUCCAUUGGCACUGUAGGCCGCGCAAAACGAAAAUGGGGAAAUAACUAUCCAUUAUAAAUAUGUAUAUUAACUAAUUGUCGUUAGAUAAACAGUCUGCAGUCACUUAGGUCAAUAUUCGUAAAAGCUGUCCAACUCGCAGCAUUUACUCAUUUCCGUUCUGUUCUGUUUCUUUUCGCUGAACACUUGUACAGAAAGGGGGAACGUAAGAACAAACAAAGGGAAAUGAAAAAGAAGAAGAAUUACAAGUUUUCUUUUCAUUUUCGUUUCUUUUACUUUCUGUAUACAUUAUCUUAUUUCUUGCUACGCUUCUCUUCCAACAAGUAAAUGGUGUACUUAUAUUCGCCUGCCGCGUGUUUUCAAGAGCCCCUUGAUUCUUAUCAUGCAGUUCCGAACAGUUUAGUUACUUCAUUAAUUUAGCCACUUUUGCGCAUAGUUACCAAGCCAAAAGAUACUUGUUUCACAAAAAACAGAGGAGGUGAAUGGUCAAGAAGGCAUGAAACUGAGAAUACGUGGAUGAUGAGAAUACGACGAUGACGUUACACGAGUCCCGUCAUUUUUAAUUGAUAAGUUGUGUACGCGAGAGUGUGACCCGUUAAGAUAUUUUUGCGCAAACUGUAAAACACACAGGAACAGUUUUAUAAAGUCGUUUCUUGUACAAUCUCUUCGGAACAAAGCAAUCUCUCUGUUCGUAAGCUACUUUCAGGUAACAAUGUGUGUUUCCUGAGCUCGAUGCGGCCACGCAAAAUCAUUUUAUCGACGUCUCGAUGGUUUACUGAUAUUUUUUUAUUAAAAAUCCGAAAGAAACACGUGUCGGCGAGGACGAAUGAAAAUUACUGGUGACAGAGGGUGAAUAAAAGUUCCGGAGGUAGAGGAAUCAAAUGCAACGUGAGAUACUUUUCACCCGUAUUUUCGAGAUUUCGUUCGAAUCUACAAAUUUAGGGUUGCUCCUAUUAAUAAAUUCGUGUGAAUGAUGAUACGCCGAUGUCAGUGUUGUUGUUGUUGUUGUUGUUGCUGCUGCUGCUGAUGAUGAUGAUGAUGAUGAUGAUGAUGAUGAU